UCGCGCGGUGAUGAGUCUGACGAUUUACUGGCGGAAUAAGCCCUAAAUCUGUUGCUUGACAUUUUUCGACAAAUCAGUUUCGGCGGCUAACAUAUAUUUUUGAGCCCCAAGACGCCCCAAGGAGGACGAUAAACAAUGCACAUUGGACGCUUUCGACUCAUGGGGAGGGUGCUUGUGCAAGUUUCCAAGAGAUUUUCAAGCCAACAGAGUGUACCAUCACAGUCGCGCCCAUUCCAAGUGGGGCAAAAACCUCCGCUAGCUGUACUGGUUACCUGUAUGGACGGGCGUCUCCUCCCGUCCCGAAUCUUCAAGGCCGAGUGUGGCGAGCUCCUCAUCAUUCGCAACCCUGGUAACUUUGUUCCCCACUCCUGUAAAUGUGAGUCUUCAGCCGAGUCAACAGCUCCUGCCUUUCCCAGUGGUGAGAUGGCUGGACUUCAACUGGCCAUCCAGAAGAUGGCUAUACCCGAUGUAAUCGUCUGUGGCCAUACAGACUGUAGGGCAGGAGAAGCACUUCGGAACCUUCCUGUCUCCAGGCCCACGGGUCAUGCCGGCUCUGGAUCCCAACACUCGCUGGAUCUCACAAACAACUGGCUCCAUUCCUAUGGAUCCCCGGCCCUGGAGAAGUAUGAGCAGCACAUGGAGAAGCCAGGAGAAGAGGUGGAGUUCGAGGGAGGUGGGAGAAAAGGAGCAAAGUUUUCUGCCAUCAUAGACGAUGAGAACAAGCUGAGUAAAACAGACAAACUAGCGCAGAUCAACGUUCUUCAGCAGCUUGAACAUCUCCAGUCGUACGACUUCAUCAGUAAACGGACAGAAACGGACCAAAUUCGGCUCCAUGCAACCUUCUACGACACCUUCACAGGCAACAUGUUUGUAUUCAACAAGGUGCAGAGCCGCUUCAAUAUACUUCCUACAAAUGACAUCACUAGCCUGUCACAUUACAUAUUUCAGCUUAGGAGCAGUUAACAUCCCUAAAUGUGAAUAUAUUUCAUAUAGGCUUGGGUUUACUAUUUUUGUGUGAAUAGUGGUUUAUGUGUACUAUAAGAGUUAGUAUUUAUGGUUGAUACUAUUUUCGUAUAUCGUUGACUGUUUGAAAUGGGCUGGAAGUAAUUUUGGAAAUGUAGGUUGGUUAUUUAAUCAUUUUCAUCAUCGUCGUCAUCAUUAUCAUUGUCAUCAUCAUCAUCGUCAUCCUCAACAUCAUCAUCAUCUCCAUUGUCAUUAUUAUUGCAAUUGUCAUUACUUGAAAUGAAAUGAUAACUUGAUAGCUUUGAUACUACAUGUAAGGUCCUAAGUCAUAAAACAACACUAAUGAAUUCCCAUAUAUUCUAAGGCCUAUUUGUAUGAUGCUGUUAGAAUGAUGCCAGUCCAUGCCAGUAUGUAUCCUAUGAAUGUGCUCAUGUGUUUGUGUGUGUUUGAUAUGAAGAAUGAAUAUAAUAUUUUUGCCACAAGAAUCUAUUCAAAUCUGUCACUGUGAUAUUUUUAUACCUAUAUAGUGCACCAGUGUGGACCGUGUGCUAAAUUUGCAUCACGGGAAUGUCAAGGGCGAGGUGCAUAUAUACAUAUCGUCGCACGCAUCACGAACCGUCCUCUCUGCACACUUCAAUGCGAAAGUUAGUUUUGCAGAAAACGCAUUUAAAGAAAAGCUUUUUUA